GAAGAAUGAAACCAGCGAAGCGGUAAAUACAUAUGUUUAUGUAAGCUUGUAUUUGCAAGACGAGCAAUACGUGGAAAAUCUUCGCUUUGGCAAAAAAAAUCAGGGACAUAGACGCUUCUGUAGAGGAGGAUAAUCAAUAAUGAUAAGUGUUUUAAAUGAAAGGCAACUCAAACGUCUUUCAGAGCACAAGUAUAGCGCGGAGUGUUGCACGAUUUUAGAUCCUUAUUUUCAAGUCUACUGGCGAUGGCUUGUUGAACAGUUGCCGUUGUGGUUGGCUCCAAAUACUCUUACAGUGUCGGGAUUAGCAGUCAAUGUUAUCACGUCACUCAUUUUAAUUGGUUACUGCCCUCAAGCGAAAGGAGAGGUGGGUUUGUGCAUAAAAGCAGGUUAUUUAAUUUGAAGUGAUUGUAUGAUAAAAACUGUACAUGUAUUGAAUGCAUGAGCUUACAAUGUUCAUGGUAAAUAAUGCAUGUUUUUCUUCACUUUGUUUUCCUUAUUGAAUACAGUCUAAAUACUUGUCGUUUUUAGCUGUUGAAUCUUUCACUAUAAAGUAUUAUUUGCCAUUAUAGGAUUUUAAUUGUCUUUUUUAAUGACGCAUUUACAUUUUGCCUUUGUGGUCUGGCUUGCCGGUAGACGAGCUUCUGUCGUAUAAAUUAACAUGUAAACUGAACUUACAUGUAUAAAGCUUAAUUAGACAGUGUAAGUUUCCUUUAAAACUUAUAACAGACUACGCCCCUCUAUGGCAUCAUUUAUUAGCUUGCAUUUUCCAAUUUCCCUUUUGUAGUUUGUACAAUGCUUGGUUAAUUUAGGUUUCUGGGGAACUGACCACCUACCCCUCCCCUAAGCCAACAUUUUGCCCUAAGUGAGAAGUAAGUGUUAAUGUUGGCUUAGGGGAGGGGUAGGUGGUCAGUUUCCCAGAAGCCUAAACUGAUCGUCAAUAAGUCACCUGCUAUUGUGAUUAUAAACCAGGGAAACCCCUGUACCAAAGCUGGUCCUUGUGGCCCAGGGUGGGGAAUAGGCUUUUGGACAUAAAUUAUGGUAGCACUUUUUCAAGUUUUUUUAGAGAGACAGAAGCAAUUAGCCUUGUUUAAGCAUUUUGUGGCAUUUUCCCAAAAUUAUUUUUUUUUAGAAAAUGUAGACUUGUGCUCAACUUUGAAAAAAAAACAAAAUCAACAAAACGAAACGAAAAAAGCAAUUCAAAUGCUACCCUAAUACGUGGCUUGAUUUCCUCCUUUUUUUGGGCUCAUUUCCCGAACAGUGGCUGGUAAUCAGGAAAACAGCUGUUUAGAGGAUGAGUUUAGCUGUAUUGCGACAAGGAGCCCAAAACUGACCGCUUUUGAUUUAUUCACAUUCUUUCGUACAGAUUUAAUCCAAUCAGAAGCCAGCUGGAAACUGUCCUUGACUUCUGAUUGGCUAAUGUCUGCAUGAAAGAAUGUGAAUUAAUUAACUUAGGUGGUCAUACUUUUGAGCUCCUUGCUUUAAGACUUUUAACUUGUAUUAGUUGUUGGUAUGCCACUUACACAUUUUUGUUAGCAUUGCAACCCUGUUAAAAUGUUAAUAAUUAAUAAAGAAGCCUCCGUAUAAAAUGAGUAUUAUCAAAGAAUUUUACUGACUUAUUUUGGGGAGAAGGAGCAUUUUUUUCAUUAUUCAGGGGAGAAAUGGAGCAUUUUAGUGGGGGAAAUUGACGCAUAAUACACAAAAGGCAUCUGGUGAAUCUGCCCACAGUUUUCUUCUUGGGGCUGAAAUUAAAACCACCAUAUUUUCGUAGUUAUAAAAUAUCUUAAGUUGGUAUUUAUUUCAGACUUGGCUAGCUUGACCUGUUCUGCAUUAAUCUGUUUGAACCAUAUGGUUGACCAAGGCUGAUAAUAACAUAACUGGAUUGAGUAACGUGGGUUUUCAGUCAAAAUCAAACCCAACCAUUCUACCAAUUUACCGAAUUAGUAACCAAGAAUACAUUAAUUUUCUUCUUUGUGAUUCUUUUUCUUUCUAGAACUACUGAAUAACUUUUUUAAAACUGUUCACUUGACCUGGAACAAUAUUUUAAAACUGGGCACCACGUUGGACAAAACAAAGAUAAACGGUCAUGUAUACUAGUGACAAAACUAAACACAUGCUCAGCCCUGUAGUAUUUUGUACAUGAAUAAAACUACAUUUUAUAGAUUACAAUCAGAAAACUAAUUUGGGCUAAUUUUGUAGUUAGAUAACAAUGUCAUCUUUAGCUACAGUACAUUGCCUGGGCACUUAUGGCCACAAUUAAUUUAAUUUACAAUAAAUUGUGUCAGAGAUUAAUAUCUAACAAGUUAUUGCUUCAGCUAGUGAUUAAUAUCUGUGCAUGCAUGCAUGACUUUUAAUAGGCACCAGGAUGGGCUUUCAUCUUAAGUGCAGUUGGAUUGUUUGUGUACCAGUCACUAGAUGCCAUUGAUGGUAAACAAGCACGGCGCACAAAAAGUGCUUCACCUUUGGGAGAAUUAGUGGACCAUGGUUGUGACUCAGUUUCGAU